AGAACUCAAAAAAUGGCUAAUGCCGGAAGGACUUGGAUGAAUUCUUCCGGCAAUGGCAAUGUCAAUGGCAAUGCAUCUGUAAGAAACAACGCCGCCGCCGGCGCGUUUGGACACCAACAUUCUGUCCGUACGAGAGCUUCUGCCGGUUCCCGACGGUCCGUCACUCCCACUUCAAGGGCGGCGGCCGCGCGAUCUCUGCCUCUUGAUAACGAUCCAGAGUCUGAAAGAGUUAGAGUUGCUGUUAGACUUCGACCGAGGAAUCCCAUGGAACUAUCUGAUGCCGAUUAUGCUGACUGUGUGGAGCUUCAGCCCGAGCUGAAAAGGCUAAAGUUGAGAAAGAAUAAUUGGAGUACUGAAUCUUACCGAUUUGAUGAAAUAUUUACCGAGAGUGCUUCUCAAAAGCGCAUCUACGAGGCAGUGGCGAAACCUGUGGUCGAGAGUGUGCUGGAAGGGUAUAAUGGCACAGUUAUGGCUUACGGCCAAACAGGUACCGGUAAAACAUACACACUUGGAAGACUGGGUAAAGAUGAUGCAUCCGAGCGUGGAAUAAUGGUUCGAGCUAUGGAGGACAUAUUGGCCUCUACAUUGGCACCGGAUAGUGUUGAAAUUUCUUAUUUGCAGCUAUACAUGGAGUCUAUUCAAGAUUUGCUUGCUCCUGAAAAGAUGAACAUUUCAUUUAUGGAGGAUCCCAAGACUGGGGAAAUAUCUGUGCCUGCUGCUGAAUUAGUGAAAAUACGAAACCUUGAUCACUUUACACAACUUUUACAACUCGGAGAAGCUAAUCGCCAUGCAGCUAAUACAAAGAUGAACACUGAAUCAUCGCGCAGUCAUGCAAUCCUCAUGGUUCAUAUCCGUAGAUCCACACAGGAGAAUGGAGAAAUAGACAUGGGCCAACAAAAAUAUAUUAGAGAUGGGAAUCAUGCACCGACUAUCCGGAAAAGCAAGCUUUUGAUUGUUGAUCUUGCAGGAUCGGAGCGCCUUGAGAAAUCAGGGAGUGAAGGCCAUGUGCUCGAGGAAGCUAAGUUUAUCAAUCUUUCACUUACUUCUCUAGGGAAGUGUAUAAAUGCUUUGGCCGAGAAUAGUCCUCACAUACCUACUCGGGAUUCUAAGCUGACUAGAUUGCUUCGCGAUUCAUUUGGAGGUUCUGCAAGAACUUCACUCAUUACAACAAUCGGGCCAUCUGCUCGCCACCAUGCAGAAACUGCAAGCACUGUGAUGUUUGGACAACGGGCAAUGAAAGUUGUAAACAUGGUAAAGGUGAAAGAAGAAUUUGACUAUGAACGCUUAUGCAGGAAGUUAGAGGCUCAAGUCGACCAUCUUUCUGCAGAGAUUGAUCGGCACGAGAGGUCGAGGGAGACUGACAAAGUAGAGAUGCAAAAGUUGCUGGAAGAACUCAGGAAUUCUUCUGCUGAAGCAGAAGCACAUUUUGUCACUAGGACAGAGUUAUUACAGAAAGAGAAUGCUAGGCUGACAUUACGGAUGCAAGAUUUACUACAAGAGUUGGAUUCCCAUCAACGACAAAAUGCAUCUUUACUUGAUAAGAUUGCAAGCUUAGAAGUCCACAUGAGAAAAAAUAAGUUUCUGCAGGAGGAAAAUGCUCGGCUGGAAUUUGAGCUGAACAAUGCAGUAGAUGAUCUGAAAUGCCUGAAAGAUCAAAAUGCUGUCAUACGCAGUGAGUUCACGAACCUAGAGACGAGUUUGAAGCAUGGGAAGCAACAGCAGCUCAAUAAUUCGGAGAACCAGAAAAUACUUGCUGAUACAACCAGGAUGUACGAAGAGAAAAUUGCUGACUUGAUGAAGCAAAUGGACAAGGAAAAAAUUGGAUCGAGUCUUGCAGAAGAAGAAAUAAAGAAGAUGAAGGAGCAAUUAACUGAUGCUCAACUUAUGUUGCAGCGAACACAAGAUGAAAAUUUGAAAUUCCGUAAAACACUUACAGACACCACUAAGAUGUAUGAAGAGAGAGUAGAACUACUAAACCAAAAGCUUGCUGAGGAGCAUGCUCGGAUUGAAGAAAUCGAUGAAUUGGAUUACACAAAAAAGCUUCUCCAGAUUAGUGCAAAGGAAGAGAUCGAUGAGCUCCAAAUGAGGCUGCAAGAAAUGCAUAACCUCCAUGAGACAGCUACCAAUGAGCUUCAGUUAUUAAGCAUUGAAUGCAAGAAUAUCGAAUCAGAAAAGACAAAACUUCAACAGGAGCUUAGUGCUAUGAGACAGAGACUUCAGGUAGAGGAAAGGCAAAGAAAGGAAGCUGAAAAAGAGCUGCUUAAAAUGAUGAGGGUUGUCCCGGAAAGUGAAGAUGGCUUUGAGGAAAAAGUAUCGUAUAUGCAUGAAAAUAGAGGAAGAACAACUUCUGAUUUUCACAGCCCACAAAGUGUACACAAGUGCCGGUCGAGGGAAUCUAUCCUUAGCCAGAGAGAUACAAUCACCAAAAUAUGUGAGGAAGUUGGUUUUCAGAAGAUAUUAUCUUUGUUAGAAUCUUGCGACUUGGAUGUCCAAAUUCAUGCCGUGAAAGUUGUUGCUAACCUCGCUGCUGAAGAUAUCAAUCAGGAAAGAAUUGUGCAGGAAGGCGGUCUUGAUGCGCUGCUCAAGCUGUUAGAUUCAUCACUUAACACAACAAUACUUAGGGUUGCUUCUGGAGCAAUUGCUAACUUGGCCAUGAAUGAAACAAAUCAAGGUUUGAUAACCAAGAAAGGUGGGGCUAAACUUCUUGCAAAUGUUCAUUGCAAAACCAACGAUCCUCAAACUCUUCGGAUGGUUGCUGGAGCAAUUGCCAAUUUAUGUGGAAAUGAAAAGUUACAUUCAUUGUUGAAAGAAGAGGGAGCCAUCGACGCUCUUCUGAAAAUGACUUCCCAUGGAAACGAUGUUGUCAUUGCUCAGGUCGCCCGAGGAUUCGCCAACUUUGCCAAAUGUGAGUCGAGAAGAAUCAUGCAAGGUAAUUGGAGAGGCCGUUCACUUCUAAUGGAAGACGGAGGUUUGUCGUGGCUUAUCUCCAACUUGAACACCUCGACACCUUCAACUAGACGGCACAUUGAGCUUGCUAUUUGCCAUUUAGCUCAAAACGAGGAAAAUGCUCCGGAUUUCAUAAGCAGUGGGGGACAUAAAGAACUGAUUGAGAUUUCGGGUGAGUCGACAAGGGAAGAUAUCCGGAAUUUGGCGAAGAAGACGCUCCGGUUAAGUCCAUUAUUCCAAAGGGAACUCAAGGCUUAGUGAUGAUGAAGGAUUCAAGGUUCAUAUUGUUGUAUUUAGCUUGUGUUUUUAGAACAUUUUUGUAGUGUGUUUCCAAAAGUUGGAAUGAACAAAUAUACAUACAUACAUUUUAAUUGUGUUUAUUGUGUAUAUGUAUACACUUGUAAUUGCAUUUGACAUUUUUUGCCAAUUGUACAUAGAAAGACACGAGUGUUGUUCUUGCAUCCUCUGAGGAAUGGAUCAAAUCUAUCAAAUUUUCAUGC